UCUUCCUCCUUUCUCGCCUAAAUCGCUCGCACGUCUAAUCGUCUCUCUGUCUAUCUCUUCUCUAGAGAAAUUUGCUUUUUUUCUUCCUUCUUCCUGCUUCCUUCCAAAUUGAUGCCAUUUUGUUGGUUCCUAUUCCUUCCUGUUCCGAGCUUGGCUUCAGGAUCGUAAAUUUGCAUGCUUUUGGAAGCUUCGUCUCGGCUGUUUGGUGGCUGCAUUGGCUUGCUGGACCGUGAUUGGCCCUAUAGUUGGCAGCGCUAGCCGGAUCGUGAUUUGCCCUAAAGUUGGUAGCUUUUUGCUGCCCAGCGUUCACCCGGAAGAUUUCGAAUUGAGAAUCGGCCAAAGUUUCAGCUGAAUCAGGAUGAAAGCUGAAUAGAUAAUGGUUGAGAUGGAAAAUGACAGCGGCAUGAUCGGUAGCUGGCUGCCUUCAAAUCCAAGCUCGAGAACCCUAUUGUCAAGCUCUUCGACUGAAGAUUUUGGCUCUAGAUCGUUACCAGCUUUCUUGGUAGAGAAUGGAAAUUUGGGGCUUUCAUGGAACCCUGGAAACCAAACGGUGGGUGUGAGCUCAAAAACAGAAGGUGAGGUUGGAGCCAAUUCCAUUAAUUGCCUCUCGCCUCAACCGAAGUUGUUUGGUGACUCUAAAUCAAGCUCAAUUGGAGGGCUUGCACAGAGGAUGGCAACAAGAAAAGGUUUCAAUGUUCCCAAGCUUGAUACAGCUAACAUUCCAUCCACUAGCACAAUUUCAUCCUUGGAAAUUCCUUUGCCUUAUCUGACAAUUCCACCGGGUCUCAGUCCUACCGCAUUGUUCGAGUCUCCAGCUUUAUUUUCAGAUAUAUCGGAUCAACCAUCUCCAGCCACAGGCAAACUUGAAUUUUUGGAGUAUCUUUCUUCAAACACAAUGCCUGUCUCAUGUUCAGCAGCGUUUGCAAAAAGUGAAUACAACAUAUUUGAAGACAUCUCUGAAGCACUUACUUUCAAGACCCCUUUAGAAUCCGAUUCACAUCACUCUAGAUUGCUGAGGAAGCUUGAUCUACCAAGCAUUGAAGGGGAUGUUCAGAUGGGAAUUCCCACAGAGGCACGAAAAGUUGAAGCUGGCAGUAAGAACUUUCAAUACCAGCCAGAAUUCUGCAUACCAUCUGGUUCUUCUAUUGCAACUGAUAAAAAAAAUACUACAAAUAAUGCCAUCCUACACCAGCAAAUAUUGGAUGUUGUUGCGGUGAGUGACGAGCAAAACGGAGCAUGCCCAAAAGGGGGACUCUCUGUAGCUCUUGGGACUCCAGCUGAGGAUGGAUAUAAUUGGAGAAAAUAUGGGCAGAAACAAGUAAAGGGUAGUGAAUGCCCGAGAAGCUACUACAAAUGCACACACCCGAAAUGUCAGAUGAAGAAGAAAGUGGAGCGGUCUCAUGAAGGCAGAAUCACUGAGAUAAUCUACAAGGGUUUCCACAACCACCUGAAGCCUAGCCUUAAUCGCCGGGUUGGUGUUCCUUCUUCGAGUCUAUUCAAUGACCUUCAGAGUGAUGGCUCAGAACAACCUGACUCACUAGCAAGUUUUGAUGAAAACCCAAUAAAAGGAAGCUUUCAAAGUGGUAAUGGAUGCCAAGAUUGUUUGGGAGAUGGUCUGGAGGCUACUUCAGCUGCAUCUGUUGCUGCUGAAUUCUGUGAUGCUUCUAACACCUUGCAAGAGAAUCAAGAUGGCAAUCAUUCAUCGCCUGAUUCUAUUGGUGUUUCUUCCACAAUGUCCAAUGAUGAAGAAGAUGAUCGAGAAACCCAUGGCAGCAUCACCCUUGGUGGUGAUGGUGAUAGAGAUGAACCUGAGUCAAAAUCUAGGAAGCUAGAUGCUUGUGUUGUUGAGAUAAAUGCCGCUUCAAGAACAAUUCGUGAACCAAGAAUUGUGAUUCAGGCAAUUACUGAGAUUGACAUUCUUGAUGAUGGAUUUCGUUGGCGAAAAUAUGGUCAAAAGGUUGUAAAAGGAAACUCAAACCCAAGGAGUUACUACAAGUGUACCAACCCUGGGUGUUCGGUCCGAAAGCACAUCGAGAGAGCUUCACAUGAUCUGAAAUCAGUGAUCACGACCUACGAGGGCAAACAUAACCAUGAAGCCCCAACGACAAGGAGAAGCAGUCAUCCAAACUCUGGCCUCUCAAAUGCAGCAUCUAGUUCAGCUACCCAACCUCUCAGUCUUCUGCAAAAGCAUGAGCCAAUCCAAGACAGAUUUGCAAGAUUCAACACUCACACUCCUCUCACUGCAUUCAACUUUCCGCCAAGAGAUCAGUUAGGAACUGCUACCGGCUUUCCUUUUGCUAUGGAACAGCCAAGCUUGGCCAACCUUGCUAUGGCUGGAUUCAAUCCCAUGGCAGCAGUGAAGAUGCCAAUUUCUCCUCCACUCCAUUCAUUUCGAAACCAUGGGCAUCCGAUUGAAGUAGGAUACAUGAUGCAUAAAGUAGAGCCCAAGGAGGAACCUUUGCCAGGUCCAUUACUUCCUGUGCCAAAUUCUGUGUCAGUUUAUCAUCAGAUGAUGAGCAAGCCUACAACUGUUGUAGAAUGCAGAAGCAAAGAUGGUUAUUCCUUUGGUUAAGUUCAAUUCAAGAAUAGCAAAAUAAAUGUUGAUUUUUGUGGUUGCUAAUGAUAAUAUGCACUGAUACCAGAAAUAAAACUUGAUUCUUUUCUUUAGCUGA